AUGGAUGCCAGGGAAAAUGAUGUAGUAGAUGAGAGGGAUCAACCACAAGGAGAAGUAGGUUAUUCACUAGCAUUAAGAGUUGUGGGAAGUUCAAAUAUGAAGGUUGAGGUGUAUCAACACAAUCAGAAGGUUCCCUUGCGCGAUCAUAUUGACUCAAUGCCUUGGCAGUUGGCAGUAGAGCUUGGUUGGGAUUUUGGUGGGAUAGUAAAGGCAGGAGUUCAGAAAGGGCUAGAAUACAAAGGUGCUAGCACUAGUUUGGAUCCUGAAAGCAAUGGCAAGGUUAAGUGGUUAACUAGGCAUAAAAGUGGAAUGCAUUUCCACAAAUUUGGUGCUGAUGCACUGGCAGUGCCAUGGUGGAAAUGA